CCCGCGCUUACGGGAGACCCGAACACUGAUUGCCGAUUGGACGGAAGUAGUUACCGCUGACAGCUGCAGAGAACAAUGGAAGAGGCUGAUACGAGAGAGGAGGUGGCCGUCGUUACGGUGGCAAACGGCGACGAGCAAGGGUUUCCUCAUUGUUCACUGCAUCACAAUUCGGAGGAAGAAUCUCCCCACGAAAUGUUGCGAAACACAAAGGCUUCAAUAGAGAACAUCGUCGCCGAAAUCCUUUCUAUUAAGAAUCACUCCAAACCAAAACCCAAACCACUCCUCACUCUCCGACUCAGAGAACUCUUCACUCAAAUGUUCCUCCACUUCCUCACUCUCCGCCAGGCGAAUCGCUUGAUCUUGAUGGAGGAAGACCGUGCAAAAACGGAAACGGAACGUGCGAAAGUACCUUUGGAAUUCACCAUUCAGCAGCUUCAUAAUCUGAUGUAUGAGAAAAGUCACUAUGUGAAAGCGAUAAAGGCUUGCAACGAUUUCAAAUCCACGUAUUCGGAUAUUGACUUGGCGUCUGAGGAAGAGUUUUUUCGUGAUGCGCCUCAACAUAUCAAGGGCUCCGUUUUGUCCAAUCACAGUGCGCAUAAUCUCAUGCUUAAGAGGCUCAAUUUUGAGCUGUUACAGCACAAAGAGCUUUGCAAACUUCAUGAGAAAUUGGAACAGAAAAAGAAAACCCUUUUGGAGACAAUUGCAAACAGAAAGAAGUUCUUAUCGAAUCUCCCUUCACAUCUCAAGUCUCUUAAGAAAGCAUCCUUGCCAGUGCAAAAUCAGUUAGGUGUUCAGCGUACUAAGAAACUAAAGCGGCAUCAUUCAGCAGAGUUGCUUCCACCACCUCUGUAUGUGAUUUACUCACAGCUGUUGGCUCAAAAGGAGGCAUUUGGAGAAUCUAUUGAUCUGGAGAUUAUAGGAAGCCUCACUGAUGCUCAAGCUUUGGCUCGCCAUCAAGCUCACAAGGACACUGGCAUUUCCACCACCGUGGAGAGUCCCCAAUUGCAAAGUGAUGAACCUGAUGAAAAAGUUGAUCAGAGAUGGAGUAAAAGGCCAAGGAGGGUUCAGGACAAUAAAAGCCCCGACCAAUCAGGAAUAUUUCAAAUUCAUCCACUUACUGUCUAUCUCCACGUGUAUGAUGAUGAGGUUUCUGAUCUUGAGUCUGCGAAACUCAUUACUCUAAAGUUUGAGUACUUGGUGCAGUUGAAUAUUGUGUGUGUUGGAAUAGAAGCAUCCAAUGAUGGUCCUGAGAAUGACAUAUUAUGCAAUUUGUUCCCUGAUGACACAGGUCUCGAGCUUCCUCUCCAGUCUGCUAAGCUCGUUGUUGGGGAUGCUAUAGUGUUUAGUGGUGAUAAAACUUCGCGCCCUUACAAAUGGGCUCAGCACCUGGCUGGAAUUGAUUUCUUGCCUGAGGUGCCCCCCUUGCUGCUCGCUAGAUGUGAAACAUCAGACAAUGGGGAAGCAGCCAAGGGUGAAGAUGUCAUAUCUAUUCUUUCACAAUAUCGCCACCAAAACCGAGUACAGACAGUUCUGCAGAGAAUUCGCACCAGGGUAAAAGCUCAGUUGGAUCUUCAAUGACCCGCCGCUCUUGUAUGUUUGCAGUUCUACAACACGAAGGGCCAUGUUGGGUGUUCAAGUGGGUCAAGUAAAAGGCUUGCUCUUAGGCUUAUGCUUUGGUUGUAUUAUUGUGAGUGACCUCUUAGUACAAUCUCCCUUCCUGCUGUAAAUCCUUGUAACCUAUAUUGUGUAAGAUUUGCGUUUUCAGUCCAUUUAUUGAAAUUCCAUUUUAUUUUGGAGGAUCUCCAAAUAUCUUGCUUAUCAGCGUGGUGGUUAAUGCUGACUUUAAAAUUUGUUAAACUCCUUCACUGCUCUACAGGGAACAAUUAGAAUCCCUUGCAAAGCUUUAGUGGUCUCUUGUGUCCUGCAAAAGUAUUCCUCGGACUUUGCACACUACUGUAUGCAAUUUGGUUGGUUGGUUAUCUAGUAGAGCCUGACCCGUCCCUUCCUAAUGAGGGUUCAACUCUGGUUGUCAUCAAUAAAGAGGAGCAUAUUUCGGAGUCAAUGGAUGUUGAUUACUUGAUGUGUUUGAACGAUUUGGCGCCGCAAAGAAAGAAAUAGAGUAUAACGGAAGGUGAAAGCUUCCAUAUUUGCUUCCGAACGUCUCUUGUAUUGGAGAUGUUUUCUUUCUGGUCAACUCUUGUAGGUGAUGUCAAUCCGUGUGAUGUUUUCAAAAGCCGGGCUGGACUGAACCGGCAAGUUGAACUAGUCAAGUUGUGAUUCGUCAACACAACCAUGAUUCUACCGCAUAUUUAAUCGAAAAUUUUCGGUAUCCUUGAAAUACUUUUUUUUUUGUAGUUACGUUUCUUUAUUUAGUAAUUUUUUUAUUUUUAUUUUAGAAAAAGUUAAAUUAGGAAAAAUUGAUUAUGUCAUGUCUUGUCGUACAGGGAAGAAAGUACAUAUUAGAGGAGUACUGACAAAUUUUCUCGUAGCUUUUGUAAGCCACCGAACUUAAUUCUGGAGAGUAGAAUUCCUUCAGUUUGUUAAUUUAAGUUAGAGUUUAUUUGACUAAGUUGUUUGAAUGUAAUAUUACUGAAUCAAAUCAAUCGGGUCGAAGAACAACUUCAUUAGGUGUAGUUCUUGUCGGGGAGUAAAUUCACUUUAAAAAAAUGCAGAAUGUUAAGUCGACAGGCAAUGUGAGCAAGAGAGUUAUUGACUUAUGAUUGAUAAAGACGCUUUGACAAUCCUUUAGCAUCCUUUUGGAAGCAGGAUAAGAUGACAAGAUAAUUUAUUUUAUUUUAAUUUAUUUUUUAUGUUUGUUGAU